AUGAUUUACAAUGUUCGAUUAGUUACGAAUGCCGAAUUAUAUGUUAAAGCGAUGGAUUCUACUACUACUGUUACAUUUCCAAACAAUAAUCAAAUUAUCAUUCCUUUCAUUGCAACAAAUUACCACAAUCCAUCAGACACAGAGAUUGAAAUCCAUGCAGAUUCAACAUUUGACGUAGAUUUCUGCAAGCUUGUUACAGAAUAUCCGGAAGUCACAUUAUCAGUUAUCAAUUCGAAAGUAAAAGUCACACAACUUAGACCAGAUUUCAUUAUUCAUUUAAAUAUAAACUUGUAUGAAGGCGGCAAAGUCGAAUCUCAAAAUAAUCUCGAAGUUUACAAAUUGAAAGGUUAUGGCAAAGGAUCUUCUAUUACAGCACCACUUCUCAAUGUUCCUGGCUCAUGGAAGAUGUACAAUAACUCAGAAAUGAAUGUUAAUGCAAAGAAAACCAGUGCAGAUGAAUUAUAUUUUUACGGAAGUUGCAUCAUCAACUCAGAUUUUGCAUUGAAUAUCAAUAAAAUCCAAUGUAAUCAAUAUUCACAAGAUAUGAUCCAAGCAAUCAAUUGCGACAUUAACAUUUUCAACUAUCUUCAAUAUGGGCAAUCAAAAUUAUCUAUUGGCGGCAUUCAUCUUUCUAAAGGUGCCUAUUUACAAUGUUUUUGCAUCGAUGGUGUAAUCAAUCCACUUAAAGUAACAAGAGCAACAGAACUAAACAUUAUAUUCAUCACAGAUCCAUAUCUUGACACUCAACACAAAGAAGUAUUAUUUGACAAAUUAUAUCUUGACAACAAGAACAAAUUCAAUAUCAUUGAAUCAUCAGCACCAAACAUCAAAAUCACAUUGAUUCCAAAUUUGAAUCUCGGUAAAUAUUCUCUUAAUGAACUUACUCUCUUCCAAGUUGUUGCUUUCUUGAAUGUUAAAUAUGAAAAUACAUUUUAUACACUUACAUAUAUUUGCUCACCAUUGACUUUCUAUGUUAGAUAUUGUUUCGGUGGCGAUGUUAGCUCAACAAGGUGUUCUCUUAUUCCACAGUUCUACUCAGCAGAAUACAACGAAGACUGGAAGAAACCAAUCAAACCAUUUACAAAUCAGGUCUAUCUUUACUUCGGAGAUAACACAGAAUAUACAGUCGAUGCAUCAGAUAUCAAAGAUAAUACAGAAUUAUAUUUUACUGUUCCAAAGAAGACUAAACUCAAUCUCUACUCAAAAACAGAAACAUCUGUUAGAGGAUUAGGAUUUUUGGGUUGA